GGAGUGUUUACCUGUGUUGGCUGCUGGAAAGAAAAGUGCGAUGGCUGCUGGUUGUUGUGGUACAAAGAAACAAAAAUUGAACAAUUCCGCCAGCAUUCCGUCUUGUAAUGGAUCAUCAGUCGUCCCGAAUGGAAUCAGCAACGGCCUGGGAACUGUCGCACUUCCAGAUAUGUGUUUCUUUUGUUUCGAUGUUCUCUACAGUCAUUUAUAUAACCUCGCUCCUCCAAAGAACCCGUCAUUUAGCAAUGAUGCAUAUCCCUUGUUUGUUACCUGGAAAAUCGGAAAAGACAAGAGACUUCGAGGCUGCAUCGGCACGUUUAAUGCCAUGAAUCUACAAUCAGGACUCAGAGAAUAUGCCAUAACAAGUGCUUUAAAGGACUCUAGGUUUAGUCCAAUAACUCGCGACGAAUUUCCGAAACUCAGUGUGUCAGUGUCGAUUCUUAGACACUUCGAAGAUGGCGACGAUUACUUAGACUGGCAAGUCGGAGUUCAUGGGAUUCGGAUAGAGUUCAUCAACGAAAAAGGGAACAAGAGGACCGCUACUUACUUGCCAGAAGUAGCAUCUGAACAAGGUUGGGAUCAGCUGCAAACCAUAGACUCUUUACUUCGGAAGGGGGGCUACAAAUCAGUGAUAUCAAGCGAAGUGCGCCGUACAAUAAAACUUACUCGUUAUCAAAGUGAAAAGAUAACAGUGACUUAUCAGGAAUAUAUGAACCAUUGGAACAACCAGCGCUGCUAGCGGUUAGUGUGGGGGUGUCCCUUAGUACCACCCCCACAUCUGCAACCUCCGCAAACUUCGUCGUACACCGCAGUGCCCACUUUCUUAAUGGUGCAGCCCCCACUUCCGAUUCCGACCUACGGGCCUCCCGCCGUGGGGCCCCCUGCCCAUGCUACACUGCCCAUGUGGUGGGACAACUAUCCGGGGCCGUCUUAUCAGCAGGACUUACCCGGGAUGUCGCCGCCCGAAUCUCAGUAUAACGUUUAUCAUAAUUUCUUUCGUAAGCCGAACUGACCAAUCAGUUGUUAGAUCUGUCGAUGAAGAGAUACUCAUCAAACAAAAUCCUUCAAACGCUAUCACGCAUUCUCACCGAUUAAGUCACUAAAGAAUUUUGUACAUACGAGGUAAUGCCUUUUGGUGAGCUCAAAAUACAAAUUAUAUUUAAUAUAAAAACUUAAAACUAACCUUAACACUAACAGAGAUGUAAGUUGGAAAUGUUGAACUCAAAGGAAGGUAACGUCUUUCUUUUGCAUACCAGUUUCCUCCAUGGUUUCUGAGAUAUUGCAAUGAAAAUGAUUCAAAUCAAUUUAAUACGUCUAACGUAGAUCAACUGCCAUAAAGCACCAAAUAAUUCAUUUAAAUUCGAAACGAUAAUCAAAAUUUAUUGAACAUUUGGUUAUUCUGUCAAUAUCUCUUAUAUAGUUCUAUACGUUUUGUGAAAAUCAUUGUAGUUAGCUCGAGAAUAUCUGCCAGAUGUUCUGGAGUUAAAUACUCUAAGUCAUAGAUACUAAAUACUGGACAAUUCUUAAAAUCUAAACGGUAAUUACGAUGCGGCAUUACACACAGACGGGAAGGAACGGGUCGAAGGAAUAGAGGUGGAACGGGACAAUCAACGCUCGGCCCGGCGAGAAACGGAAGGAUCAAUCAGUACUUAGCCAAAGGAAAGAAUCGGUCUGUGUCAGAUAAAUACUCCGAGACCGGGUAUGGAAUUGCCACUAGAUCAAUACUAUAGCAGAAGCAGUAGUCCUUCAGUCAAUACCCUAGGGCUAGUGGAGUUGUUGUCAGAUCAACACUUCGACGGAACUCGCCUUUUUCUUGCAGCGGCUGCUGUUUUAUAAAUAGCCGCUCUGGACACCACCUCGUCGUCUCGUCGUGGAAAUGGAUGCGUGACUAUCGACACUCCCACGGUUCGAACUGUUAAACGCUCAGCACAUCGUUACACCCCCUUCUCUUUGAAAAAAAAAGGAACAUACCUUUUUUGUGUAAGACGUCUAAGCCUUGUGAUGCCAUCUAUCCCUAGCGGUAUCUUUACCACAAUCUUUCUCCCGUUGUUCCUUGCUUUGUUUUUUUUUUCAGUUGGUAAUCUUAAGUGGUUUCAGAUGUUGUUCCAUUUGUUCCAUGUAUCAAGUUUGGGUCUUCCCUUUGACCUUCUCCCUAUUGGUAUUUGCCUCGUGUCUGCUAGGACGACUUGGUCAUCCGCAAAGUUCAAGGAGAACAGUACUUGCCAAGCUUGCGACAGUUUAAGUAUUGGAACUGUAUCAUAUGCCUUUUCUAGGUCGAUGAAUACUAGAUAUGCUUCGGUACCAACGCUAUUUUUUUUAUUUGAUGGAUUCGACCGUUACUUGAUGGAAAUUCAUUUUAUGUAACAAUAAAACACUGAAAACUUUGUUUUCAAACUUCCACAAAUAUUUUUUUUUCUAAUAAUUGUUGAAGCAUAAAAAGUUAUCAGUGUAAGAGCUACCAGGCGUAAAUCCACUUUGGUCUUUGCCAAUUAGAUGUUCAGAACAUAACUCAUAUUGAAACACUCUGCUGAUUGUUAGCGUAGGACGCAAAUUGUGGGCUGUUUGAUAAUAGAAAUGUCAUAUCUGACAAAAUCUGGCUCAAUUUUUGAAAUCUCUGUUCAACAUUACGAACUUCUUAAGCUAUAUAUGCCUUGCGCAUUCUUCUCCAACUUUAACCAGUUUGUACCUGAAUGUAGAUCUUGAGCUUUCAUAUUUAACUAUUUUAAUUGAGAAUUUGCAAAAAGGCAUUACUUUUUUCAGUCUAAUAAUAGUUUUGUUUGAAAUUGAUGACAUACAAGCUGUUAUAAGUAAGUGAGAACGCUAAAUAACAAUUAUUGGUAUGUAGAAUUAGGUUUAGUUGUGAGA